CAUGCGGUUUUUUGAUUUUGAUUGCAAAACUCAAUGCUUGUUAUCGUCAUCGAAGUGUAGGCAAAAGCGUGGAAAGGAAAGAAGAAAGGAAGGAUUGCGAGCUCUUUGGCCUCGAAAAAAAGCCGGCAACACAAAUCAGAUCAAAGUUUUUCGAAUUCGUUGGGUUUGAACGAUAGAUUUCUUACCAAUUGUAUUGAAUGGUAAUACGAUUACUAGAUACGGUGCUCAUUGCAAGAAAGUACYAAGAUUGCAUCGCAUUAGGUUCGCAAGAAUUGAUUCAAUAAAAAGGGAUUUUUCCGACAACAGAACAGCUGGAAAAACAAGAGCAUCGUACAAAACCAACAGUAAGAUGUCCCACUCGCAACGGCGUUCUCAGCACCGUUCCCAUGGAACCAACGCAUCGUGGAUGUCGAGCUUAGACUCGUCGGUCCACUCGAACCACAACAGCUACAGCUCCUUYGGAGACUACGAUAACCAGCGGCACCACCAACAGCACCAACACAAAAACCAGUACACUUACUAUCCGAAGUGCACAGAGGUUCCGCAGUUCGACGCUCUCCACAACGCCGCGGCGGAAUUCCAUUGCGACGAAAAGCUGCACCUGAGAAAUCUGUGCAACGACACGGCAAGGUGCUCGGGACUGACGGCCGUUCACGUUGCCGCGUGGUCGGCAUCGACGAUCCCCUCUUCGCUGCUGGAGGAAGGCGAGGAACAMGUUUUCCAGACCGGUCUUCCAUCCACGAACAGCAACCACAAUGGCAGGAUCGGGCUGCACAGGCGCAACAGCAUGGACGAAUUCGACGGCAAUGGUGGUGGUGUUAGCGAUGCCGACGAGGAGGACGCCAACGAGCAGUUGCUCCUCCUCCAGCGAUUCGGRAACCGCUCCAAAAUCGUUCUGGAUUACUCCCGGCAGCAGGUCACGGGGGAGACAAUGGAACUCUUGUUCGAUCUGGCCGAUGCCGUCCGCUUCACGGAACGGAGACAGGCCUUUCGGACGGGAGAAAAGAUCAAUGUCACCGAGGGCAAGCCCGUCCUCCACCAUGUCCUACGAAUGCCCAGGGGGUACGAUUUUCCUCCCAUUAAAACGGGUAGCAGCCGGAAYGCCAGCAACAACACCGGUGUCGGCGGCAACGAUGCCUUCCACAACGAUGCCAAUGGAUACGCACAACAGCCSAAGAACACCAUGGACUCGCYGCAGGAAUCCUCGGAAGACGUYCUGGCGGCGGUGCACGAGRUUCGAGAYCGCAUCGAGGUCUUUAGCCGACAGAUUCGAUCKCUGGAYCACUCGGUGGGACUGAGGGGGGUGACCAACAAACGCAUCACCGACACGGUGGUGGUAUCCUCUGCCGGGGGAACCCACCUCGGGACCGAGUUUGUGCACCAGGCGCUCUCGGCCGACAAGCGAGCCUGCAAGGCCGCGGAGGGACGCCGCCUGCAUUUCUUGUCCAACAUCGAUCCGGUAGACACCUUUUUCAACACGCGGGAMCUGGAUCCCGAGCGGACCCUGGUGGUGGUCAUCUCGAAAGACUUUGACAAUUCGAUCGAGCUGUCUAAUUUUCGGAGCAUCCGCCACUGGCUCACGUCGCAGCUCCAGUCCUCUCCCGGCGGGGAAAUCGUGACGGAAGCGGAAAUCACCGAAAAACACAUCGUUGGCGUGACCUGCUGCACCACACCGGAGCAAUGCCUCGGAAUCCCCGAGCRGAACCUCUUCCGGAUAUGGGACUGGGUGAUCGGGCGUUUCAGCGUCUGCAGCGCCGUCGGCGUUCUCCCACUUAGCCUGCAGUAUUCCUACGAGAUUGUCUCGGAAUUCCUCAGCGGCGCCCACGACAUGGACGAACACUUCUUCAACGCUCCCCUCCGGGACAACAUYCCGGUCUUGCUGGGCCUCCUCGGWUUUUGGAACUCGACCUUUAUGGGGUACACGACGAGGGCCCUUAUCCCCUACGCCGAAGCCCUACGGGGCCUGUCGACCUACGUCCAGCUGGUGGACAUGGAAUCGAACGGCAAGCGCGUUGCGGUCGAUGGGACCGAGCUGAUGCACCUGACGGGAGAAAUCAGCCUCGGCGAACCGGGGGGCGGGACCACGAACCAUCCCUUCUUCCAGCUCAUGCACCAGGGGCGGGUCAUCCCCGCGGACUUUAUCGGCUUUAUGGAAUCCCCCCGGCCCCUGGAUCUCCCGGGGGAGGCCAUCUCGAGCCACGACGAACUCAUGUGCAACUUUUUCGCGCAGCCCGACGCGCUGGCCUACGGGAARGAGCUGAUGGACCUGGUGUCGGAGGGGGUCCCGGUCACGCUGCGGGAGCACAUGGUCUUUGCCGGAAACCGGCCGUCCUCGAGCAUCCUCAUGACCCGGCUCGACCCCUUCAGCGUCGGCCAGCUGGUGGCUCUUUACGAGCACCGGACGGCAGCCCAGGGGUUUUUGUGGGGGAUCAACAGCUUUGACCGGUACGGCACCCAGCUGGGCUGUUUCAUGAGCUCCAAGAUACGGUCGCAGCUGGCGGUGUCGAGGGGGACCGGGGCGACCGUUCAGGGGUUCAACCAAUCCACGACGAGCCUGCUAGAGGUCUACCUCGCCCACGGGCACGGAAAAUGACGCAAAUGCCGUUCGCGGCUUGGCCACAAAACGAACCAAGCGAAGAUAGUUGGUGCCUGUAGGCACCGGCAACSCCCAUCAACAGCCAGUGAACGAAAACUCCACCGCUCGGAUAGAUGCGCAGACGCAACAUAGCUUUUUCAUUGAAUCCCCCCGCUAGCCGCUUUUCGUCGUCGUCGUCUUAAUCUUCAUCUUGCAACAGUAUUGUAUAUUUCGAAUCUCAAAGCUAAGUAGCGUUCAAUAGAAACUAGAGGACAAA